CUCGGGCCGGCCAGUGGUCACUCGGUCGCAGUGCAGGCCGCCAGGGCCUAAAUGCCUUAGGCCCCCCUCCCGGCGCGGCCAUGGGGUGCGCGGCGAGCAGCCCGCUGGCGAGAGCGCUCAACCCGAGCAGGUUCAUCAACCAGGCCAAGGAGCAGGCCAGCAAGGAGCAGGCCGUGGUCAACGACGAACCCACGCCCUACCCUCUCCAUGGUGUCGCCGACAGUGUCAAGGAGCGGGUCGGCGCCGUGGUGGACGGCGUGGAGAACAAGAUCGGCGCGACGGUGACCACCGUCUCGGACCAGGUGACGCACGUGGUGCAGCAGGUCGAGUCCAAGGUGGCCGGCGCGAUCCACGGCGCGGAGGAGGCCGUGUCCGGUGGCGCGGCCAAGGCGCAAGACAUGCUGAACCACAUCAAGGAGGAGACCGGCGUGGACAAGCACGAGCAGGAAAUGCAGGAGAUUUUGGAUUCCAUCGAUGAAGUCACGGAGAUCCCGGAGAAGAGCGUUGAGCUCGACAAGAUGGAGUCUUCAGCAACAGAGUCCGCCGUCGAGGAGCUGAAGGAGGCGGCCGAGGAAGAAGUGAAGGAUAAGGUGGAGAAGGUGGAGGCCGAGGUUGAGACUAUUCACAUGUAAGCGUGCGCGUUCGCCUUUACUUUUUGCCCCUCACAUCUUUCAGUCUGUACCAUGCUCUUCAAACUCGACUGGAGCAAGGCCUGUAUUAUUAAGCCAUCAGCUUCGUGCAGAUUCUAUUAUUAGGCUGGCUGAAGCCGCAUCCAAGCCAUGUGUACCCUCAUGUCAUCGGUUCUUUUAAUGGGCAAAGUCACCUUUAAUCACGGAACGCGCACUGUUAAAUUAAUAAUACUCAUUGGAGAGGGGGAGCAGUAGAGGCUAUUUCAACUCGAGUCAUAGAGGUAGUUAUUUUUAGAUGAUGCGCGCUUUCGAUUACUCCCGGCGGAGCACCAUCCGACCCGGAAUUAUUUUAUUUCCACGACCUCUCUGACAGGUGUCAAUUUGUAGUUUUCUAAAGUUUAUUUAAUGCAAGCUGAUCUCUUUCAUACCUUUAGGUACGCACUGUAUGGUGUAGAACUAUUACUUAUUAUACUUUUAUCAAACUUAGUGUAGCACAAACAAAAAACUUUUUAUAUGACGUCAUUUAUGAUCAAUAAUAAGGUACCUUUUUUAGACAAAAGUGAAAUAA